CUAGAGUAAAGGCAGUUCCACACGCAUACGCACAAUUUUUUUAAAUUUUGUUUGAUAUUUUAAACACAUGAAAUCUCGUGGAUAACCAAAGUCAUACUCAUACUCAUACCGACAUACUCAGGAAUCUCAGAUCAGAUGGCUUCCCAGAGUAAGAACAGUGGGUUGACCAACAAGGUGACCACGGUGGUGGCCACCAAUGCCUUCGGCGCUGAUGUGAUGAGCGAGAUCAGCUACACGGACGCGAAAGUUGUGGGCAAUGGCAGCUUCGGCGUGGUCUUCCAGGCCAAAAUGGUGCCCAGCAACGAAAUGGUGGCCAUAAAGAAGGUCCUGCAGGAUCGGCGCUUCAAGAAUCGGGAACUGCAAAUCAUGCGCAAGCUGCGCCACGAUAACAUCAUAACUCUCAAGUGGUUCUUCUUUUCAAGUGGCGAGAAAAGGGACGAGGUCUAUCUGAACCUGGUCAUGGAGUUCUUGCCGGAGACGCUGUAUAAAGUGGAGCGACAGUACGCAAGGGCAAAGCAAACCUUGCCAGUUAACUUUGUCCGACUUUACAUGUACCAGCUGCUGAGGAGCAUGGGAUAUCUCCACAGCUUGGGAUUCUGUCACAGGGACAUCAAGCCGCAGAACAUGCUGCUCGAUUCGGAGACGGGUGUGCUUAAGCUCUGCGAUUUCGGCAGUGCCAAGCAGCUGAUCUCCGGCGAACCCAAUGUCUCGUACAUCUGCUCAAGGUACUAUCGUGCGCCUGAGCUAAUUUUUGGCUCCACUGACUAUACCACCAAGAUCGAUAUGUGGAGCGCCGGGUGUGUGAUGUCAGAGUUGCUGCUGGGCCAGCUCAUCUUUCCCGGGGACUCGGGAGUGGACCAGAUUGUAGAGAUCGUCAAGGUUAUGGGCACUCCCACCUCGGAGCAGCUCCAUGACAUGAAUCCGCAUUACAAGCAGUUCAAGUUGCCGGAACUGAAGCCGCACCCCUGGUCCAAGGUGUUCAGGAUUCGCACACCGGCGGAGGCCAUAGAUCUGGUCUCCAAGAUGCUGAUAUACUCGCCCAAUGCCAGGGUUUCUCCGUUGAUGGGCUGUGCCCAUCCGUUCUUCGACGAACUUCGUCAGGAUCCACACCAGCAGUUGCCCAACGGCAGGAGCUUGCCGCCGCUGUUUAACUUUACAGACUAUGAGAAAACCAUCGAGCCGGAUACAAUGCCGCUGCUGCUGCCGCGGGCUCAGGGUUCCAGCACCACCAAGGAGCCAAGUGCUGCCCACAGGAACCGCAAUACAGCCGGGGAGGAGAGCCCUCGGAAAACGGAGGACAGCCAAAAACCGGCGACAGCAGCGCUCUCAAAGUCCCCUGGACCUUCGGGCAAGGCGCUCGAAUCCCCGCCAGGCUUUUUGCAACACGAUUUGGGAAACGGCGACCAUGUGGCUGUGGGCACCAUGCCAAUGGAGCCCCUGACCCUGGAGCAGAACCACUUCGCAGCAGAGAGCUAUGCAGUCGGCGAGGAUGCCGAGGAUAAUUUAGAAGAGGAUGUCGGUGAUGAAAACGACUAUGACUACGAUGAUGGUGGGCAGUGCAAUAGCACCUACAUCAGCGACGACAUGGAUGAGGCCUCCGAGUCGGAUGACGACGAUUUCGAGGAAGAGGAUGAAAACUAAAUUGUUUCUUAAAGGGGCUUUAGGUCUUGAUUUGAACCGCACAAACAGACAAUCCCUUGAAAAUUUAGAAUUAAUAGUAUGAUUCAAAAUUGAAGCACAGGAAAUGAAACAAUAAAAUUGUUUGUCCUUUU